UCAACAAAUUCGUCAAGGAUCUUGCUCACAAACAAUACAAGCAGAAAUCCCAUCUGUCAAUAAAAUGCCAUCAACAUUAAUAAUAGAACCAAUUAAUGGUCAAAUACUAAAAUCACAACAAUCAUUUAGAGUUAAAACAAAAAUUUCAAAUUUAAUAACCGGUUUCUUCACCGAUCCAAAUGAAAAAUAUUAUACCAAACCUCAACAGUUGAAAAAUGGCCUGAUCAAAGGACAUUCUCACAUUACCCUACAAAAACUUGAUGGUAAUAAUUUACCUGAUGCAAAGGAUUUUGUAUUCUUUAAAGGAUUAGAUCAACCAGAUAAAAAUGGAAUUUUAUCAGUCAAAGUAAAAGGUUUAUUGCCCAGUGAUUAUAGAAUUUGUACUUUAACCUUGUCAUUCUCUCAUCAACCUGUGAUAAUGCCCAUUGCACAACAUGGUUCACAAGAUGAUUUUUCUCUGUCAGCUUUUUUAUUAUGGAGGAUAAAACAUAUUGGUGAAACAGAAUUCGACAAGCAGAUUGCUUAUAUUUUAUUUUUUAUAAGGACAAUCUUACAAAUUAUACAUAUUGGUUUAUUAAAACCAACAAUUACUUUGAAUACUUCUACACCAAAUAUUCAUCCUGUCCAUUGUGAUCUGAACCUUUCAACAAAUCUAGUUACUUGGGCCAAUAGAAGUUUUAGUGUUAGUAUUAGCUGUUUUAGUAACACUAGUACUGGUGCUAGUGCUACAAUAUAUUCAGCUGUUUUAUACUGGAAUUAUUCUAGGAUUUUUUUUGCAACUUUAUUAAAUUUCAAUACAGUUAUUGAUGUAAUUAAACCUUUUAAUUUGGAUUCUGUAUUCAGCCCUUUGUUGAAUUUUGUUGUUUGUAUUGCAAUGUCUUAUCUUGCUACCUAUGAUAAAGAUUUUGUGAGAUAUAUUGCCAAUAAAAACAUUAACAAUAAUAAUGAUAUACCUGGCUUCUAA